CGGUUUUAAUGUUUGUCGCCAGUAAAAUGUUGUAAUUUUCACGUUUUAAUUAUUAUUUGUACCUAAUCAUAUGAGUACUCAUUUAGUGAGAUUUCAGUGUAAAUUCCCCAGUAGUGUGUAAGACAGUUUAUAGAAUUGUCGAAGUAAAAUUUUGGGGAACCGCAAUGCAAAUCGAAGAAAAACGUCUGCGGAAUGCAGAUUUGGCUGCUUUAGAGCCUGCAGCCAGGGUGAAGCAGCUUGCCAACUAUGGAGCAAUGGUGGAAGUUGACCCCAACGUACCACCACGAAGAUAUUUCCGAUCAGGGUUAGAGAUGGUCCGUAUGGCAAAUGUGUAUUUGGCAGAGGGCAGUCUCGAAAAUGCAUACAUUCUCUAUAUGAAGUUUAUGACUCUUUUCGUUGAGAAGAUCCGGAAACAUCCAGAAUAUGGGAAUGUUCCAGCGCAGGUGAAAGCGGUGAACCAGGCGAAACUGAAGGAGGUUAUGCCCAAAGCUGAGAAACUAAAACAGAAGUUAUUAGAACAGUACGCUAAAGAACAUCAAACUUACAAAGAGAAUGCUGAGAAGCGUCAUUUGGAAGAAGAAGAGAGGCGGAAACAAGAGAGGGAAGAUGCUAAGCUGGCACAGAGGUUGCAGGCUGAUGAGAAUAAGAGAGAUGGCACAACACCACAUUUGUUACGAACGGAGGAGUGGGCCGUGUCCCCGCCGGCGCCGGCCGUGGACGGCGUGCUGUACCCGGACGACUUCGCGGCGGAGCCCCCGCGCGCCCCGCCCGCCGCCUACCAGCCCGCGCCGCCGCUCAUCCCGCCCACCAUCCCGCCGCGCCCGCACCACGAGCCGGCGGGCGGCGUGGACGGCGUGGGCGGCGGGCUGUGGGAGCGGCGCCUGCGGCCCGUCCUGGUGCCGGCGGCGCUGCUGCCGCGCUUCCUGCUGCUGGCGCGGGGACACACGGCGCGGAACCUCGAGCUGUGCGGCAUCCUGGCUGGCGUGCUGGAGCGAGACCAACUGAAGAUAACCCACGUGAUAGUGCCCAAGCAGACGGGCACCGCGGACUCGUGCAGCACCAACAACGAGGAGGAUAUCUUCCACUACCAGGACCAGCACAACCUCAUCACGCUCGGCUGGAUACACACGCACCCGACGCAGACGGCGUUCCUGUCGUCGGUGGACCUCCACACGCAGUGUUCCUAUCAGCUCAUGAUGCCUGAAGCCAUCGCCAUAGUGUGCGCGCCCAAGUUCAAUGAGACAGGGUACUUCGCGCUGACGCCGGACCACGGCAUGCAGUUCAUCGCCAACUGCCGGCAGACCGGCUUCCACCCACAUCCCACCGACCCGCCGCUCUUCUAUAACGUGAAUCACAUACGGAUAGAAGAGUCGGCGCCAAUAGAAAUGGUAGAUCUGCGAAGUGGGGCUAAAGCAUAACCUGCACCCAUUAUUUAUCAGUUUAUAACUAGUUACAAAUUGCAUUCGAUGUCAAAAAUUUCGUUUUCGAUAAUCGUAUUAAUUACUUUUAUUGUCCUAAAUAUUGCUGUCGAGAAAUAUGGUUAUGUAGAUAGAAAAAGCUAAAAUGCUUAUGUUUUUAAUUCAAUGAGAACUGUUACUGAGGUUCUGCGCACGCUCUAUACCUUAGCAAACGUUUUGGCAUUAACCGAUCUAAUUAUAAUACUUCAGUCGGUUUUUACGACUUGCCCGGAAUAUUAAGCAGCUGAACGGGCGCGUUAUUUCUGUCUCUGCUCCGCAGGGAAAGGGUAGGGUUCCACCAAAGCGGAGAAGAGAGGAGACGCGUACAGACAGACAUAUUCGCUUAUCUCCGCUCCGCUUUCGUAAAUAUCAACCCUAAGCAUAAUAAUAUCGGUUAAGGUCAAAACAACCAGAGUUUCGCCUAUAAUACGUGCAAUAUGAUAACAUGAAUAAUUAUACUGGUUAAAGCCUUAAAACCAGGCGUGGCUUAAGAAAUACAUUUGAUGUUAUGAACAAUUCUAUCACUGCGUGCAAUCGGGUUGACUAGGGAAUGCAAUCCCGACUCGAGAUCCCGCGGGAUUGGAAAUAUCAAUCCCUCGAGAUCUCAAAAUUUUCGGGAUCUCGUCUAGUUCAUAAAAAAUGUAAAGUAAGGAUGGCUGAAAAUCAAUAAUGAGGUAUUAAAACAAAAUAUUUUUGAAAGAAAACAAAAAACCUUUAUUCUUCAAUAUAACUAACUAAAUAAUUAACUUUUCUUUGGAAAUCAGCAUAAUCAAAACAAAAAGUAUAACUCAAGGAGAUUCGCCCAAUCCCGUCAAUCUCGAAUGGGAUCUCGUCAUAUUAAUGCUUCGGGAUUGAUCCCGAAAAAUUAAACGAGAUCUCGCGAGAUCGGGAUCUCGCAAAAUCGGGAUUGCAUUCCCUAGAUUGAACCACAUCUGUCAGAAACGACGAGGCGAUAGCGUGCGGUCGCUCUCUCUCGCUCUAGCAAAUUACGGUUCUGAGUAACAGAAAAUGAUAGAAGCAUAGGAAAGUGCUAUGAGGUGUUGACAGAUAUGGUUCAACCCUUACUAAUAAAUAUCUUUUAAACUUUGCGGUAUGAUAUGACAUAUCCAAAAUGAUAUAUGUGUGUAUUUAUAACAAACAUGUGUGUGAUAUUAGAGGCACGGCCAGAAGACUGACGCUUAUUAAUGUGUAGGGUUAAUAUAGCCUGCUAUAGGAACCUAUUUUCUUGAAUGAAGAGUCAUAUUACAAUAAUAUUUUGCAUCACAUGUGAAUUUGAAUAAGUCUUUCCGUUUGGUAUGCAUAAGGAAGAGAUAUAAUAUGCAUGUAAUAAUUAGCGUGCGUGCGUGCGUUUAUGCGUGCUUGCGUGCGUGCGCUUAUGCGUGCUUAAGUACGUGCGUUUGUAGCAUGCACGUGCAUAAUGUGCGCCGCAACGGCUUUGUGCCACUCACAAAAGAUGAAUAAUACUAUAAUAUCGUAUUUAUAAUGCGUAUUACUCAAGAGAGCGUGUGACAAAGAUAUAGAAUGAUGGGAAUCAUCCUAGCAUUUUUUUUUUACCUUUUAUGGGUUUUCUCUUGGCCCCAGACUUGCCCGAAGGCCUUGACGAGGCCUAACAUGGAGUUCGCUCACCCAGAAGGUGCCUGUUCAUUCUUACCUUGAAAGCACCCGGGUUAUAUGCCUUCGGAAAUACAAAAGACGGCAAAGAAUUCCACUCCCUAGCAGUGCGCAUAAUGAAGGACGAUGCGAAGCGCUUUGUGCGAAUACAUAGUUGGGAUAUCCAAAUAGUGAUGGAACCCGACCGUACGUCUGGAAGUCCGAAGAUAAAAGGGGGAUGGUGGAAUGAGCUCGUGUAGAUCGCGGGCACACUCCCCGAAUUGCAGUCUGUAGAAUACCGACAUACUGGCGACUUUUCACCGAUGUACUAAGGAGUGUAGCUUAGCUGUUAGUCGCCUGUCGCUGAUCAUCCUCUAGUAGUGUGCAUUAAAAGUGGCUGCAACAUCUCUUGCGGCUCUGCGCACCAUGUAAGGCGUACGAGUGUGAGUUUGUGUAUAUAAUUCACGGUAUGCAACAUCUCUUCUGACCACUUGCGGCUUUGCGCACCAUGUAAGACGUUCGUACGUUCGUGUGAGUUUGUGUGUAUAAUUCACGGUAUGUGAUGACUUGUGCAUUAUUCAUGAAAAAAGGUGCCUACAGUAGGUUGAUAAAGAUCAAAUAAAUACUUUUAUUUAUUAAGGUGUGUUGGCGAUGCUCGCUUUAAACGCUAUAGUCAUAGUACUCAGAAGCGCAUUUCAAACGUAUUCCAAAGUCAUUGUACUAAUUAAGAAUAGUGAGUUGUAUUUCCUGUGUUAUUAAGUCGUCUUACACAUUCUUGUUGUCGUCAAUUCGUUGAUCAAAGUAUUCGAUUGUUUUAAUAUAAGAAUUAGAAAGAGCAACUUUAAAUGAUAAGAAACUGUCGUGGAAACAGAAAAAACAAAAAAUAAUUUCUUCUAUGAUUCAAAAUUGAAUUUUGUUGUCAUUGGCUUUUUAAAGAAAAAUAUUUACAACAAUGACGCGUUUAAAAAUAGUUGUUUCUAAAAUUAAACACUGGUUUGAACAAAUCGGAUUGUCGAUCAAAGUUACUUACUAAUUAUAAAGAGAAUUAAUUAUAAUUAAAUUAUUGAAAAGUAACAAUAAAAAAUAUUAUUUGUAACGGAUUAAAAAUGACUAUUUAAAUGAUUUGUAUUCGUUUGAAAACGGUCGAGAAAUAAAUAGAAUCGAAUCUAUUUUAUUUUAAAAACGAAUAUCUAUAUUAUAUUUUCUAUAUAAAUUAUUUAUUCACGUCGUUAUUCGAAAAAAGAUUUCAACAUGCCCGCAUAUGUAAGACAGUGUAGACAUCAGCCACGGAGGCUGGUUAAAAAUAUAAAUGUAUUCAUGUUUUUUUUGUAACCAGAAAUAUAUUUUUAAGUCUACGAGUAAAGCUUCCUUAGAUGUUUUCAUAAAAUAAGUGACUAAAUUAUUUAUUUGUUAGUGUUUAUGUUUUUUUACUUACACACAGAGCCGGGGGUGGGCCAAGCGGGCGGCAUGGGAUUUUGUUUGCGGUAAUUAUUGUUUCCGAAUACAUCCCUAGAGACGGUACCGAUAAAUAUCGGAGCGUCUGAAGGACGUAAUAUACGAUCCUGACGACCUGAUUACUCUAGCCAUAGAGGCGGCCAGUUAGCUCGCGACGCCAACUGAGCAUCCUCAGGCCUAUUAUCUUAAAUCUUAGUACCGCGUAAGAGUCACGUCAAACAUCAUCUCCCUAGCUAGCAUUAUCCUGUUUUUGACAGGGUCCGCUUACCUAACCUGAAUAUUUGACAGGUCCGGUUUUUUACAGAAACGACUGCCUGUCUGACCUUCCAACCGGUGAAGAGAAAACCAGCCCAAUACAGGUUAGGUCCCAUACCGCCGAAAAUGCAUUUCUCGGGAAUGUGGGUUUCCUCGCGAUGUUUUCCUUCACCGCUGAGUACGUGAUAAUCAUUUAUGAUCCAAACAUGAAUUCGAAAACUUUGACGAUCAUUGGUUUAGGCCCGUGCUGGAUUCGAACCUGCGGCCUCAAAGUGAGAGGCAACCUUUCUACCAACUAGGCUACCACGGCUCCAAUGACAAUAAGUCGCGGCAAAGAUUUUUUUUGCGGUUGCAUACAAAACCCCGCGCCAGGCCUUGGACCGCUUCCUAGCUCUGUGCACCAAGAAUUCGACGCCUUAUAGUGAUAGGAAAACCACGUAAGCGCCUGUUUUUCUUCAACAAAUACUCGAUUUCUUUCAAUUAAUUUCAAUUUGUCACUAUAUUUGACACUAAUCAUCCGAGGGGGGAGCCUGGAGUUCUGUACUACAAGCUAACGCUGCUCACAGAUCCCAGUGUCUCUCACCAACAACUGUAUCUUAAUCUUGUUUUAUUGUUAAUUACCAACUAUCGUGUUGAUGAGAGAGUAAUAAACAUUUUUUUUCCCAUUUUUUAACUGGAUUGAAAAUAGCGUGUCUAUUGCGAGGUUUUGUUAAAGAAAAUAAUAUCCAAAUGUGAUCUUUCAGAACGUCGCUUACGCUGUUUUUACUACAAGGCGACGGAAUAUUGUAUUAAAACUAUAAUAUGAAAUGAAGGUUAUGAGUUGUUAAAUUGACUAAAAGUCUUAAGUUUAUUUUUGUUGACUCAACAGCACAAGCUUUGCUUUACACAGAUUAUCGUGUGAUUGUAUAUUUGUGCCAUUGUUUACUUGAGUGUAUAUCAAUGUUUGUGGGGUUUUAUUAAGUUAUCAGACGCAAUAGAGUAUUUGACUGUGUAAAAGAUUUAUUAUAAAAUGCUAAUUGUGCAAGAUAGCACAACUUUUUAUAGAAUUUUACCUCUUUGAUAUUGUUUUUAGUCCUUUAUUGUAUUUUUAUUUUUGAUAAUGACUUCGUCUUUUGUCUUCUCGUGCAAACAGCAAUAUAGAAGACAAAAGAAUUUUUUUUGUUUUGGUUUUUCCCCGAAGAGCAAGGCAAAGGGAACUAUGCCCAUACAGCCAUGUCUUAUGUAUUUUUUCUUGAUGAUGAUGAAAUGAUGAAAGGGGAUGACAAUGAAUGAUGAAACCUAAGCCCUCACUCUUGGAGCAGAUUCGUACUCCGAACCCCCAACGAAUUAACUCAAAACUUUCGAGUUAUGAAGCGGCUUGUUGGCACGAAGUGAAAAUAGAUAGGUAAACUUUGUUUUCUUGAAUAUUCCAAUAUAAUAACACUGUCGCGAAUGUGUUCCGACUAACUUAAUGCGAUCAUUAACCACAAAGAACCACUUCAUAAUAAUAUUAAUUGUUUAGGUUAUACAAUGAAAAAAGUAACCGUCCCGUUCUCGCCAAGAGAGAAAAAGAACAAAAUCAUCAUCAAAAAUACAAAGACAAUAAAGGAAUAAAAAACUAUCAAAGAGGUAAAAUUCUAUAAAAAGUUGUGCUAUUUUGCACACUCAUCUAAAAAUAGAAGCCAGUCUAAGAUGAUCAAAAAUCAAUUUGAUUUUACUUUUAGACUUAUUUUCGAGUUUUAUUUAUGAAUGAAGUACCAACGAGUACGACGGUUGACCGCUUUUAUUGAUGACGUUACAAUACAGUAUUUCCAUACAAACUCCAAAGAAUACUUUCGUUUUGACGUUUCGUAAAAAGUAUCUUAUUUCCCUCGGUUGUCAAGUAACCUAUUGCAACUAAUAUUAGCGGUUGAUCGAUGGGGAGGCGAAGACAAUUUCUCCCGUCAGAUGGCGUCAAGUCCUUGGUACCAGAACGUACAUAGGAAUAUGACCAAAUGUACUUAUGCACCAAAACCAAAUUGCACCAAAUUGUAAUAAUGUUUCCUAUCCACUGGUUGCCUGGAAGAAAUUGCUGCUUAGCAAUAAGGCCGCCAGAUUGUACUGUAUCUAUCAUCAUCUGUGUUAAUUUGUUUUGUAUGUUGUGUGCAAUAAAGUAUAUUUGAUUUGAUUUGAUUUAUGCGACCAGUUGCGUAUGAUAACUUAAUUUAUUUGUAAGGGUGACUGUCUACAGUAAAAUAUAUUUGAAUUUGUCUGUUAAAAUGAAAUGAUUAACCGCCUUACUAAUACAAAAUAGACAAGCGGUGAACGUGUGUGUGGGUGUGCGUGGGUGCGUGUGCGGGUGCGUGUAUUUGACAGCCAAGUGGAAUUGAAUCCUAUUAUCAAAAAUAAUUUGAUUGAACUUUACAUGGCAGUCAAAUAUUUUAACACACACGUUCAUUGAUUAUUUAUUUUUUAUUGUUAACGCGGAUGUAAUUUAAAAGGUUAUUUUUGUUAUCUGUUUAUUAAUUGACUUUUUACUUUAUGACAGAAGUACCGUUUAGUGCAAAUGAGAUUGUCGAGUAAAUUUUACACGUCAGUUUGUGUAAAACUUAAUCAAAUAUAAUAAUAAACCAGGGUUUUUUAGGGGUAGGUUUUUUUAUUUAUAGUCUAUGUUUCCGAAACAUAACAACGUUGCAGUUACAAGGCUGCUGUGAAUAAGCAUUUGCUAGGUGAGGGUGUUCUAUCUUAGACCACAUCAUCACAUGCCAUCAGGUGAGAUAGCACCCUAAGCGCGGGACUCUUUCUCGCCUCGACAUGCGACUCUCACACAGUACUGCACAGAAAAAGACAGACGAUCUCUGUCGCGGAAAGAGUCCCGUGCUUACGGUGCUAAACCCGCAGGUGAGAUUGUGGUCUGACGCAAAUUUAAAAAAAAAAAACGGCUUUGGAUAGGGAAAGACUUAUAAUAACACUGUGUAAGGGCAGACACACCCACACACACACACACACACACACACACACACACACACACACACACACACACAGAAGUGUAGUUGUUAGUGGAAGCUGCUGUCAUGGCAGCUCCCGAUCCCAAGACAAUUCGCAUCGUAGGGCUAAAACACACACACACACACACCUAUAGCUAUAAUUUUAAAGAGUCUUAUUUCUAUAACAAUGCCUUGCCAUGUACUAUGAAAUGAAAAUAGGGAGGAAGAGAGCCUGGUGAUCCGUAACACAGGCAUUCCGUCUAGUAUGGACACCAGUCUCUCUCACAAUAUAAACAUGUACACUGUGAGUAGUACUAAGUUAAGUUUUUACUGUAAUUGUGAGUGAGAAAUAAACUUAUUUUAUUUAUUUAUUAUUAUUAAAGGUUUUUAAUUAGAAUACAUGCGUAUUAUCGUAAGAGCUCAUAAGUGCCUUUUUGAUAAAUCACAUUUGCAUAAAAAAUGUGCUCUUAAUUUUUACCCGGAUUGAAAUUAAUUGAAUGAAUAAAAGUUACGGUGAAAUAAAUCACAUCUGAACGUGAUUUUUCAAAAGUGCACCACUUUUGAGCUCUUACGACGAUAUGCAUCUAAUUAAAAACCUCUCCCUUUCCAAAGUCGUUUUUUUUUUAUAAAUUUGCGUCAGACCACAAUCUCACCUGCGGGUUUAGCACCGUAAGCACGCGACUCUUUCCGCGACAGAGAUCGUCUGUCUCUUUCUGUGCAGUACUGCGUGAGAGUCGCAUGUCGAGGCGAGAAAGAAUCCCGCGCUUACGGUGCUAAGCCCGCUGAUGGUAAGUCAUGAUGCGGCCGAAGACAGAACACCUUCACCUAGCAAAUGCUUAUUCACUGUAGCCUUAAACUGCAAGAUGAAAUGUUUUUUUUUUGUACCAGCAACAGUUACACAGAUUUUAAUGUGAAUGCGAUCGCAUCGCCCCCAUCACGGGUACCUAUUUACAUACAAAUGUAUUUUACCUUGCUUAUGAAAAUGUAUCAACAAUAGUCACCCUUAUUGCUUAGGAUAUAAGAGCAGAGUCUUAUGUAUGUGUGAUUCAUUACUAAUAUGGACCAAUGUGAAUAAAACUAUUCAAAUUA